AUCAAGUUGUAGAUUCUCGUCGUGUCACGUCUUCAUCCUCAUCUUCAGAGUUGCCGAAUCGGGAUCCGAUUUCCUAAUGCGCCGCGCUGGCCUCGGUAGGCUUGUGACGUGACGUCGAUUCGAUUCGCCUUGUCUCCCCUCACAGCCUCGACGACUUUGCAAAGUCUGGAUCUUCUCGAGUAUCUUUCAGAAGUUUCAACACGCGCGACACUUGCAUCCUACGGGCCGUAGAGUAUUAACUCUACAACGCGCCCAUCAUGGCGUCCCAGUCGAAGCUCGCGCUGCCGGGCGAUCGCACUCUCCGCGGCCUCAUCUCCCGGCUGACUGGCCUCUACGUCUCCAACCGCACUCGCAUCUCCCGCGCCGUGUGGAUAACCCUCUUCAUCGCCCUCGCCAACCGUAUCCGCAAUGCUAUUUCCGAGCAAAAGGCUGCCUCGGCGCGUGAAGCCGCCCAGCGCGCAGCCCGUCGCGGUACCACGUCGAGCGGCAGCGAAGAGACACCGCGAAAGAAGGUCGAGCUGAACCGCGAGUUUUUCCGUUCGCUAUUACGGCUUCUCAAGAUUGUCGUCCCCGGAUGGCGCAGCAAGGAAGCUAGGCUGUUGAUGAGCCAUAGCUUCUUCCUGGUCCUGAGGACUCUGAUCAGUUUGCGCGUCGCCGAGAUGGAUGGCGCUAUCGUCAAGGCCCUGGUGAAGGGCAACGGAAAGGAAUUCUUGAAGCGCAUAGUAUGGUGGAUGCUGAUCGCUGUACCUGCUACCUUUACGAAUUCCAUGCUAUCCUAUCACCAAGCCGAGCUAUCUCUCAAGUACCGAACGCGGCUUACACAGUUUAUCCACGAUAAAUACCUCUCCAACUUGACCUUUUAUGGUAUAUCGGCUUUGGACGACCGAAUAAAGAACCCCGAUCAGUUGAUCGCAGUCGAUGUGUCCAAGUUCUCGAAUAGUUUGGCUGAGCUGUAUAGCAAUCUUGCCAAACCCAUGCUCGAUAUGACUAUAUACACCUACUCUCUCUCCAAGAGCGUUGGUGGAGAGGGCGUUGUCUUCAUGUCACUCCUCGUUCAACUCUCAGCCAACGUCAUGAGAGCGCUAACUCCACCAUUUGGAAAGUAUGUCGCUGAUGAAGCCAGACUGGAGGGCGAGUUCCGCUUCCAACAUUCGCGCCUCAUUGACUAUAGCGAAGAAAUCGCCUUAUACGGUGGUCACGCCGCUGAGAAGGACACUUUAGACAAGGGCUACUUCACCCUCAUCAAGCACGUCAACUACAUUCUACGGAGGCGGUUCUACCAUGGUUUCAUGGAGGAUUUUGUCAUCAAGUACUUCUGGGGCGCUCUCGGUCUCCUGCUCUGCAGUGUCCCUGUCUUUAUCAAGAUGCCUGGCCAUGUCGCAAUGAACAUGGGUGACCGAACAGAGGCAUUCGUCACCAACAGACGAAUGCUGCUCUCUGCAUCGGACGCCUUUGGACGCAUUAUGUUCUCAUACAGGGAAGUGAUGGAGUUGGCAGGAUAUACAUCGAGAGUUGCAACCUUGCUCGAUGUUAUGGAUGAUGUCCAGUCCGGACACUUUGAGAAGAAGUUGGUGUCCUCUUCGGGCACAGAGGGUAACGAGGCUGUCCUCAAAGGACGGGGAACCGUCCACGAGAGCGAAGAUAUAACCUUUAUCGAUGUACCCAUCAUCUCUCCCAAUGGCGACGUGCUGGUCAAGGCAUUGUCCUUCACCCUCAAGCAUGGAGACCACCUCCUUGUCGUCGGUCCCAACGGCUGCGGCAAGUCAUCUCUCUUCCGCAUUCUGGGCGGACUCUGGCCUGUCUACGGAGGCACCGUAUAUAAGCCACCGUUCCACGCCAUCUUCUACAUCCCCCAGCGACCCUACCUCUCCCGAGGCUCCCUUCGCCAGCAAAUCAUCUACCCCGACUCUCUCCGCCAGAUGCGCGCCCGCGGUGUCACUGAUGCAGAUCUCCUCGGUUACCUCAAGACGCUCGGCCUCGAGCAUCUUCCCGAGAUGUACGACGAGGGCUGGGAUGCCGAGGCGGAGUGGCGCGAUGUGCUCUCGGGUGGUCUCCAGCAGCGCGUGGCCAUGGCUCGCCUGUUCUACCAUCGCCCCAAGUACGCCAUCCUCGACGAGUGCACGAGCAGCGUUACCCUCGAAACGGAAAAGGCCAUGUACGACACGGCAAAGGCCCUUGGCGUCACACUCAUGACGGUGAGCCAUCGUCGCAGCCUGUGGAAGUACCAUUCGCACAUCCUCCAGUUCGAUGGACAGGGCAACUACGUCUUUACUCGACUCGACGCUGAGCGACGCCUCAAGCUCGAAGAUGAACGUGAGGAGCUCGAGGUCCGGCUGCGGCAGGUGCCCGAGCUGGAACGACGGAUCGCCGAGUUGACCGCUGCUUGAGGAGUGUAGGCUUGCGUGGAGGUCGAUGUAGCGAACAUGGUUGUGAAUACCCAGGGGUGGUUAUCUAUCUGAAGUAGUAUUUUCAUUUGGAGCUGUGAUUAGCAUUGACAUGGGUUUGGUUACAUCUCUGGUAGGGAUCAAUGUACUCUAUGGCACUUUAAUCUAUUGCCGAGGCGAAUGAAGGAUUUAGGGGUCAUGCUUGAAAUCCAGGUCACCUCUACUCUUAAUCACUCUGAUGCAAUGUUAGGGUUUGGCUUCCACGAUGGUGGCCUGGUAAAUAUUGUAUCAUGUCGCUAACUCCAUCCUGCCUGAAGGGUAUCUCGGGGCAAAUCUGAUCCAAUAUCAUAC